CUUAUUCAUACCUUCCGUCAAAAAUCAUUAAUUGUCUUCCAAAUAAAGAACCUUAAAUGGUUGAGUUGACUUUUUUUAUGUAAUUUUAAUUAAGUCACACUAAUUUUAAUAUUGUAUAGGAUGAUCGUCAAAAAUUCUACAUUUUAAAAGUAAUCCAACAAAAUCAAAUGAGUGGAGAAGGAAAGCUGGUGUGUGUAACAGGAGGAUCAGGUUACAUAGCUUCUUGGCUUAUCAAAUAUUUGUUGCACAGUAGCUACACUGUCAACACCACUGUUCGUGAUUUUUUAAAUGAUCCAAAGAAAAAUGCACAUUUGCUUGCACUUGAUGGAGCCAAGGAAAGACUUCAUUUGUUCAAAGCUGAUUUAUUAGAACAAGGAUCAUUCGAUGCUGCAGUUCAUGGGUGUGAAGGUGUUUUCCAUACAGCUUCUCCUGUACUUUUUUCAGUCGCUGAACCACAGACAGAGCUAAUUGAUCCAGCAUUGAAGGGGACGCUUAAUGUACUUAGAUCGUGUGCAAAAGUGCCCUCUAUAAAGAAAGUAAUUAUAACAUCUUCUUUCGCAUCUAUUCUGUUGAAUGGAAAACCUCUUGGCCCAGAUGUUAUAGUCGACGAAACAUGGUUUUCCGACCCAGAUGUGUGUAGGGAACAUAAGCUUUGGUAUGCACUUUCAAAGACAUUAGCAGAGCAGGCUGCUUGGAAAUUUGCGAAAGAAAACCAAAUAGAAUUGAUUACAAUUCAUCCAGUGUUUGUCAUUGGUCCUCUUUUACAGCCAACUCUUAAUGGUUCUGUGAAAAUGAUUUUAAAACUCAUAAAUGGAGCCGAAGAGUAUCUUGAUGAUUAUUACAGAUCUGUUGAUGUAAGAGAUGUCGCUUAUGCACAUAUUCAAGCCUUGGAGAUUUCUUCAGCAGCUGGAAGAUACUGUUUAAUUGAAAGUGAUGUACACUAUUCUGAGAUUCUGAAGAUUGUGCAUCAACUUUAUCCUACCUUGCAGCUCCCACAAAAGAGUGGCACCGAGAUUGGAUCUGCGUAUAAGGUGUCGAAGGAUAAAGCGAAAACUUUAGGUAUUGACUUCAUUCCAUUGGAGUUGAGUCUGAAGGAUACCAUUGAAAGUUUAAAAGAGAAGGGCUUGUUUACCAUUUGAUUUUGGCCAUAGAUGUAUAGUGAAAUAGAUACUACACAACCCUUCAAGCAAAUUGUUUUCAUCCAUUGAAGCUGCAUCUUUAAUUGUUUCACUUAUUUUUGCUAUAUCCUCUUAAACUUCUUUAGCUUGUAUGUAGCUUAAAUUUAAUAUUAUUCAAGAAUUAUGAAACUUGUAGAUAA